CUCCGCACGGAUGACACGCGUCUCCGCCGCGCUCGGAUACGGAAAGGACGCCUCUUUUCCGAUCAAUCGGACCCGCCUCGACGCGCUGAUAGCGAGUUCAAAUGUGCGGCUCGAUAACGUGAAAGUGCAUCGAUCCGCGCUCGACGAGCGCCCGGGCAAAAGUGGAGGAAGGACCGGGGAAGAAGGAAGAGAUUGAUGACCCCUUACGCGUUGACGGCCACCCGUUAUGAAGUACUUGAAGGUUGCUUUCUUCACCUUCAACCUCUUGAUAUGGCUGGCCGGGUGUACGGUGUUGGUGAUAGGAGCUUGGCUGCUUCUGGAGCCGAGCAAGGGACAUCUUUUGAAUCUUUUCGUGCCAAGUUUGACGCCACAUGAGACGACUCACCUGAUCGCGUACAGCCUUCUCGGCCUAGGUGUCACCGUAUUGACAGUCGGCUUUUUUGGAUGUCGAGCUGCCUUUCACGAGAAUCAGUGCAUUUUGGCCAUAUACAUGAGCAUGCUGAUCGCCCUGAUCGUGACGGAGCUGGUGACAGCCGCCGUAGGAGGUCUCAUGACGUUCCGCAUCCUGGCCGGACUGGAGGAAAGACUUACCGACAAAUUGGCCGAAAAUUACGGGCACGACCCCGCCGAUCCCACCAGCGAUAUUCCGUUCAGUCACAGCCUCGACUUUGCUCAGUUCAAGUUCAAUUGUUGCGGCAUCCACGGGGAUGGGGAUUACAAUGGGACGGCUUGGUGGAGGGAUGGACAGAUUUCCGGGACCCGGAGGCAGGUUCCGGUGACGUGCUGCGUUUUGAAAAAUUCCGAGGUGAAAAACACCGGCAGCCCUAUGAGCGUCGUUUCGAGGGUCUUUCAUAUGAACAACGAAAAGCCCUGGCUUCAUCCCCAGCUGAGGGAUGAAGCUGCCUGCCAGGUCGUCGACGAGGUGGGCCACGAAGGGUACAGGCACAAAGAGGGGUGCCUUGGGAAAGUGACUAGCUGGCUUCAAUACGAAAGUUUAACGUUAGUAUUUUUGGGCAUGGCCAUGGCUGGGAUCCAGACCUUCGGGAUAAUAACCUCGGCUUUCCUGUGCCGGACGAUAAGGGACAUGCAGAUCGAUUGAAGGCGGAAUUGCGGAAUGGUUGCGGCGAUGCGGUCUUUCCGGCAUGGUAGAAUGACGUAGAAACCAGAAAGACGUAGAUCUAGGACGGCGGAAUAUUCGUACGCGCGAAUUAUCGACUUUUCAUACACCUUCUCAUGAAUUGAGUGGAUUUCCAUACACCUUGAUUGAUUUCUUUCCGGUUUCUCCCACCUAAAAACUGCCAAUCAGGAAGAGAUUUGUCAAUUUAUAGACCCUUAUCGGUGGCGAUUAAGCUCGUGCUUUAUAAUAUUUAUAAAAGCACACAAUCUACCGUGUCUAAUGAGCUAUAAAGGUCUCUUGCAAGUAAUGCAUCGAUUAAAGUCAAAUGAAACACGUCUUGGGCUUCACCGACGUCGAUAAAGGAAAUUUGUAUAAAUACCUUCGUUACCGACGUUCGGUUUAUGUAUACAAUUAUUGA